AUGAACGGUUUGAGGGAAUAUAGAGAUCAAUCUUCUAAAAGAAUUAGGGUUUCAUUGAGCAUGGUACCACCCAAGAAAGGUAGAGAUUCAGGUUUCCGAUCUCAAGCACCGUCAGAAUCGAUGGCAUCCUCCAUUAAAGAAUCAAAUCAAAUGAAAGUUAGACAAACUCAGUCUGGAAGGUCUGGUGAUAAGCGAGCACAGCAGAGUCAAAUUAUACAAUGUCAGAUUUGUAGAAGAAGCCAUAGUGGAUUGUGUAGAGUGGUCACUGGAGUUUGUUUCCGAUGUGGAGAAACAGGGCAUUACAUGAAGGAUUGUCAAUUGAGGGCUGGAGAGCCUGUACAGUCAGAGCGAUCUUCGUCAAUGUCUCAUAGAAGACGCGGUAUAGGUAAAAGAAGAAAUAAGGCAGAAUCUUCUACUCAACAGGAAAUACGUUCCACGGCUAGAGUAUAUAAUCUCAAGAUCAAUGAGGACUGUGAUAACCCAGAUAUAGUAGCAGGAAGAGGUACAACUAAUCAGCUUAGACGGAUUGGAAAUAUCAGUGUUGGAAGAUAUAUGUUAUGA